UUUUGACGAUUGCGCGUCGCUCUGUUCAUCAAACCAUCGUCGUUGUUUGGACUCGAGUUGCCCGCGCAAGCUGGUCUGUCAUGCAGACAAAAUUGCUGGUCUUGGGGUUCAGCCUCUUUGCCAUUCAUUCCACAAAGUUACCUGUUGACGCGGCUCUGGACUGUAAAAAUAUUGCUGAUGACGCCCAGAUCACUUUGCGCCUUCGAAAAGACUUGUUCUGUCAUGACGAUCCCGUAAUUCGUCCGAAAUUUGAUGGUGGUUGGAAAUCGAUGGUGGCACUCAGUUUAUAUCCAAAAUACAUCGAUUUUGAUGACAGUACAAAUACCUUCACACUACAGGCUUGGAUGGGAAUGGCUUGGUACAAUGAGUAUCUGCAAUGGAAGUCGAAAAAAUAUGCCAAAAACGUGCCUAGACUGUACGUUUCUAGCGAUGAAAUUUGGACACCGCCGAUAACUCUCUACAAUUCUGCAGAGGUUGGCUACAACACACAGACCGGAAUACCAAAAACGAAGUGUUUACUUUUUAUGUAUGGAUAUACGAUCUGUCAACCGCUGGUGAAGUUAGUCACACAUUGUGCUUCGGACUACCGGAACUGGCCGUUUGACAGGCAUAAUUGUACAAUAUUUCUUGGUUCUUGGAUCUACAAAGCGAAGGACAUCCGCUAUAUACAUAUGAUCACACAGUACAACUCGACGGAAUCAAUGCUCUUCGAUUUCAUACCUAACAACGAGUGGAAGAUGCUGUCCAUUGACCGAGCUAGUAGAUUGGACGGGUUUCCAGAGGUUAAUUACACUUUUCCGACGAUAAUAUAUAGCGUAAUAAUUGAACGACACUCAACCUUUAUGCAGACCACCAUCCUCGCCCCGGCAGUUCUUCUGAUCGUCAUGACACUGACUGUGCUCUGGUUAAGUCCAGAUGCCGUUGAACGGUUGGUACUGGCUAUCCUCAACUUGAUCUGUCAUUUGAUUUGCGUGAUGGACGUGAAUUGGCAAGUGCCCAGCAACGGUUUGACGACUCCCUCGAUAUUGGUAUUCCAUCACAGUUCCAUAGUUAUCGCCAGUUUCGCCCUUUUCUUGACGGUCGUCUUGCGUCAGUUGAAGGAAAUCUCCGUAACCGCACCUGAUUGGCUGCUAUCCACGUCUUCUGCAAUAACCAGAGCGGGCCGGUCAUUCCCACUGAUAAAUUUGAAGUCGGAAGCUGCUGCACCAAUUCGAGCAGAGGAAGACAACGUUGGAUUGGCGAGCUCGAAUGGCCCCUCGGUUAAAAUUAAUCCCAGAAGCUCCAACGCGUGGCAACAUUUAGCCACUUUACUGAAUCGACUAGCUUUCACCUUUGUGCUUUUAGCCUAUAUUAUCAUGAUACAUGUCCUUGUACCCAAGGAAGACGUUAACGGGGUACCUGAUGCUCUUCCUUACCGGAAAGACGAUUUAGUUUUGUAACUUCAAACAACCGUUUGGAGAGGAUCAUGUUGUUGGAAGUGGAAUUAUUAAUCAGAAACAACAGACUUACGAAAAAUUUCUACAUCGAAUUACAUCCGAGAAAGUUAGACAGAUGAUUCUC